GGGAGGAGCCGGAGCCGCCGCCGCCGCGAUGGCUCAGGAGAAGAUGGAGCUGGACCUGGAGCUGCCGCCGGGGAGCGCCGCGGCCCCGGGCGACGGCGGCGGCCUGAGGCGGUCGAACAGCGCCCCGCUCAUCCACGGGCUCAGUGACAACUCCCAGGUGUUUCAGCCUUAUGUGUUGCGGACUCGCAGGAACAGCACAACAGUUAUGAGCCGUCAUGGAAUGGUGAGUUUCCAGUUCUUGUCAUCAUCUCCUAUUCGUAUUCCUAGCAGCCGACUUCAUCAGAUCAGAAGGGAGGAAGGAGUGGAUUUAAUGAACAGAGAAGCAGCACAUGAAAGGGAAGUGCAGACAGCAAUGCAGAUAAGCCAGUCAUGGGAGGAAAGCUUGAGCCUGAGCGACAAUGACUUGGACAAGUCUGAGAAAUCUUUUUCCCCAAAGAGAAUAGACUUCAUUCCAGUUUCUCCUGCACCUUCUCCUACAAGAGGAAUAGGAAAGCAAUGUUUUUCACCAUCAUUGCAAAUGUUUGUGAGCAGUAAUGGAUUACCUCCAAGCCCUAUUCCCAGUCCAACAAGGCGAUUCUGCAACAGGAGGAGUCAAAGUCCAAUCAACUGCAUCAGGCCCAGUGUUCUUGGCCCCAUUAAAAGGAAAGGUGAAAUGGAAACUGAAAGUCAGCCAAAGAGACUUUUCCAAGGAACAACCAACAUGCUUUCUCCAGAUGUUACACAUCUGACAGAUCUCAGUUCAUGCCUGUCCUCGGAUAUUCUCGAUGGGAGUAGCAGCAGUGUUGGCUCUUCCUCUGAUUCCCUGACUAAAGGCAGCAUCACCACGGAGUCUCCAGUGACAUGCUCCAACUCCUGCUCCUCGUUCAUUCUGAUGGAUGACUUCUCACCCAAGUGACUUUACCAAGUCCUGAGUCAGUGUCUGGCUGUGCUGUCCCCUUCCUGUACACUCGUACAGAGAAAUGAACUCUGAUCCUUGAACCAUUCAUAUGAGGUUUAUUAAAAGGAAAAAUUGUUGUUACUGUAAUCCUUGGCUACUUUCCAGUGAUUUUUUUUUUUAAUUUAUCCAUUUAAUGGACAUUGUAGACCAUAUUAAUGUCUGGUUUUGCGAAUUUAUUUUUAAACAAGAUGUCUGCUGAUAUUAUACUAACUUUUGCUUUCAGGAACUUGCAUACACUUUUUGAUUCCAGGAAUAGGUAUCUACCUACUAGUGUUGCAAUUUUUAGGAAUGUACUUCUAUCAUUAUCAUGGUCACUAUGUCUAGGGAAAUAACUUGGUUUGGAAGGAUUUGAAAAUACUAAUUUAUUCUCUGGCACUUCUACUAUUGAGUAAAAUUAUUCUUGCUUUAAUUUUUUUUUAAGUCACUAGCCUCAAAUUCCAUUAAGGAAGGGAGAAAAAAAUAUUUUAUUUUCUUAGUGCUGCUAGUCAUUUUUAUGAAUUAAUUUACAGAAGACCACGUUGCGUGUGGAAAUCUCACUCUAUUACAUUAAACUGAAAACCCCACAGCAAAAUAACUAAUGACUGUCACUUUUGCCAUCAGUGAAGAAAUAAUAUUGCUCUACAAACACGAUUAAAUUAGCUGCAUAGUUCUCUUCCCAGAGCAUUUGUCCUACAAACUGUAUGAAAUAAGGUCAUUAUUCAGCAAGAUUUGGCCAGGAAAAAUUAAUCCACACCUCGGUCGAAGACAUACAGUGCAGAUAACAAAGUUCAUUAAACUACUGUGUAGGAGAACCAUGUAUGGCACCGUCGAUGUCUCCUGUGGCAUUGAGGUCAAAAGUAUUUUUGUGCCUUAGGGGACAUUGUUACAAAAUUAUGGAAUGUAAACCAGAGGGGUGGGUGGGGAAAAUCCUUUGUGUACAGCUUGUUUAUAGAGUGUUUACCCAAGUCUGUCGGCGGUGCUGCUUCCCUUAAUGUUCCUUUCUGAGGUGUGGAGGCGCUGGGGCAACCCCGGGUCUGAGGGGCAGCCAAGGUGAGACCCUUUGCAGCUGCUCUGGGCAGAGCUUGUCCCUUUCUUGGUCAUGAGCAGAGCAAACAGCUCAGCAAGCAUUCUAUUCCUAAGGAAAGGCUUUGGAUUGGAUACGAGCUCUGCAAAUUGCUUGGUGAAGGUGUUCUCUUUGAGCUAUGAGUAGUCUUGAUACAGUACCUUGGUCAGUCUGAGGUAGGAACAGAUAUUUUACUUUUUGAAGACUAUAACGGGGCAAAAUAAAUCCGUUUGUAAUCUACUGUGUUAUGCUAUUUAUUAUUUAUAACUCUGUAAAAAGUCUGUGGUGAUGAAUUAUAGUAUUUUUUUAUGAUUGAAUAAGUUUUUUAUGUUCAGUACUUGCUGGCUGGUUUGUAUUUAAUACGCGACAUUGUCUGCCAGAAUCAUAAGCUUCCAUUUUUGAAUGUUUGUAACAUAAAUGCUUUUGUUACCUAAAAGUACAACUUGUGAUCUUUCUGAAAGAAAAUAGCACUGAAUUUAAAGUAAAAUUAUGUGCUUUAGAUGUGAGCACAAUCUCUGGCAAUACUGUCUGGCUACAAGGGGAGGGGAAAAACUGUAGUUUUUUCUGUUCUGAAGAAGCUGUUGGGUAUCCAGAAGACGUGUACAUACCAGAUUAUUUUUAAAAGUGUUUCCAUUAAAUUGUAAGAAGUGGGCCGACAGCGGCACUAUUAUUUGUAUGAUCAUUUCCACCUGUGGAGCAUUAGUUCCCCACUUCAAAUAAAUGUGCAUAUUGUAAAAUAUUGUCCAUUGGUGCCAUUUUUAAAUGAGCUCUACAGUAUUGAAUGUUAAUUUUGUUUGUAUAUGCACAGUGCUAUUUCUUGAAUUUUUGAUGUCUUAAGUCACUUAAUUAUUUUUUUUUAUUCAUGCCUGUAUCUUCUCUGCCUUCUUGGUGCUUAAAGAGGACUGCUUUUCCAUUUGAAAAAUGUUGAUAAACAGUCUGUGAUAAAAUUCACCCCUGUUACCUGUGCCCCGGUUCUCUUCUACCGUGCUUUUACCAGUACUGUGAUUUGGAAAUCUGAACAAGGGGUGACAGGAGGGGGCAACCUAUUGCAUGCUUUCUUAAACCUGAGAAGAGCAUAGCUAUUGCUUAAUUAUGGCUGAUUUACCUGUACAAUUGAUGUAUUCCAGAUUUGUUUGUUAGUGGAGAGUCCUAUCUGAGUGCUGGCCUCUGUAAACAUUUGAAUGUAAGCUGCAUAAAGCGAGUGCACAAAUAGUCACUCUUGUUACAGCAGUUUUUUGUAAUGUUCUGGCUAUUCCCCACUCUUGGAAGGUCUUGUGAAAGACAUUGCUCUUUUAUAAAAUAUAUACGUA